AUGUGCCUCUUCCCACAGGUCAUCCUCUGCCCCCGCCACCCUCUUCCAUUGGCAGCCCAAGGGGUCAUCAGGCUGCUCUUCAUGCACAUACCAUGCGCCUCAAACACGAACCACUUUCGUCGCAAAAAACAAAUCACAGAGCCGGCAAUUCACUCAUGUACACCGACAUUUGUAUUCAUGACACCAACCCGACAAGUACUACUACUCUACUGCACACCUGCCCUCCCCUCCCCUCAACCGUCCAAGCCCUGGCGCCAAGGGCGGAACUCUUGGACCUCCUUCGUCUUUGCAAAUAUUUGCCAGACGGCCCAUGGGCCCCACUGCCUUUGUGCCUGUGCUUGCCGUCCAUGGUCGCGCCGUUGA